GGAAGGUGAAAGGGUCUCACGGCGGAGCCCGUUUGCGGGCUCCUUCUGCCAAACCUUACCAAUCGGCGGCCCGGAACAGGCUCCACGGCAUAAGACUCCUGAAAGAAGUAAAUACAUUUUCUUACUGAAGAGCCGCAGUUCCAAGUACAGGUUAUGAGAGGCUUCAGUACCAUCAGAUGUAUUGAUAAGUUGUUCAUUACGUUCAUGAAGAGGUGUCUGUGAGUCACCAGGGAUUCAGUAUUCUGCAUCAUCCUAAAUAAAGCCUUAGGGUGAUACCUGCUUUUGGAGCUGGCACUGUGAGAGCCAUGGGGGACGGCGUCAGCUAAGAUAACUUUUAAGUUUCCUGUGCAUGGACCUGCAGUGGUCACAGGAUGGCUGCUCUUCUUCUAAAGAGGUUAACAUUACAAACUAUAAAAACAGAAAAUACUUGCAUUAGAAAAUGUUUGGGUAAAUACGUCGUACAGAAGACGGCGCUGGCGGAGCCAUCCCACAUUGCCUCUGCCCCAAGCCCGUCCUGCCUCAUUCACGCAGAAGCUUUUGGUACUGAAGACACCCAGGACAAGAGAGAAAAGGAAAAAAAGAAUGCAACAGCUUUUCGUAAUGUUGGAAGAAAAAUUAACGAGCGCAUCAUUCAGGUGCUGGAUGAGAAGGGCAACGACCUGGGCCCCAUGCACCGAGCCAAAGUGAUCAGGCUCAUGGCCGAGCAGGACCUGCGGCUGGUGCCGAGGGACCCCGGCGCCCAGCCCCCGCGGUACCAGCUCAUGACGGGCACGCAGAUGUACCAGGAGCGGCUCCGUCUCAGAGGGAUGGAGAGGGCCGAGCCCAAGCCUGGACCCACCCUGACAAAGGAACUGACUUUUUCUUCAAAUAUUGGACAACAUGAUUUGGACACAAAGAGUAAACAGAUUCAGCAGUGGAUCGAGAAAAAGUACAAAGUUCAAAUUACAAUAAAGAAAGGGAAGAAUACAGAAGAGCCAGAAAACAAAAUGGAGGAGAUAUGUAAUCAAAUACUCCAGACUAUGCCUGGAAUAGCUACCUUCUCGUCCAGGCCACAGCCCAUCAGAGGGGGAAAGGCUGUGAUGUGUAUACUUCGUCCCUUGAGCCAAAAGGAAGAGAAUGCCUGCAGAUCAGCUCUGGGGACCCAGAGAGGAGAUGCUCUGAACAGAGAAAAUGGAAACGACGGAGCACCCAAUGCUCUGCACCAAUGAU